AUGCACCAAUACAAGUAUGUCUGGGUUCGGAAUGCCACUAUUUUGGUGCGCGAGCAAGAUGGUGAUACUGCUUUUGCUAUCCGCACAGAUGAUGAUCUUCGUAAGAUUAAAAGCCGUACUAAAGGUGAUGCCGCACAAUACAACUACGUAGUGAAUACCAAAAAUAAAAUACUUGAUUUAUGCAUAUCAAACCGCUCGUGUAAGAUAUCGGCCGCUUUAAGUCCCCUACUUCCUGUUGACGCAUAUCAUCCACCCUUUGUUUGUGAUAUAGCUCUCAAUGCUGAUAUUGUUCCAAUGAAAAAGCGGACGCUUCAAAGGUACAAUUUUUAUAAGUCCGACUACACGCACAUCAACCGCAAAAUAGAGUCCACUGACUGGGAUGAAAUACUUACUCCACUGGGAUCUGAAGAAGCACUUAGCGCAUUUUACGGAAUCAUUGACGAAAUUAUCAAACAACACACGCCAUUUGUUGGCUCCAGAACCUCUGCUUUUCCUGUCUGGUUUUCGAAAUCUCUAAUUAGCACAUUUAGAAAAAAACGUAAAGCUUGGGUGAAAUGGAAGAAAUAUAACAACAUAUCAGACUAUGAGAUAUUUUCCCAGUAUAGAAAGCUAUUUAAGGAUGUGUGCAAUAAAUGUUUUUCUAAAUAUAUUGGAUCGGUCGAGGAUAGCAUACGCAAAAAUAUUAAGGAUUUCUGGAUAUACAUCUCUAAUCGUCGUGACAAACCUGGAAUACCAGCUAAGGUUGAAUAUAAUGAUGAUGUUUCAAGUGAUCCACAAACAAUAUGCAACAUGUUUUCUGAAUUCUUCUCUUCCGUUUACGAACCGCCCUCACCUACACUAUCGCAGUGGAGACCACCUGCCGAUUCAGCAUCCCAUGACACUACUAUUACUAAUCUUCAUUUUGAAGUAGAAAAG